UCAAGGAAGCAGCAAAAUAGAAAGAACAUCAAGUAAGGAGAAGAAAUAGAAGAACCCCAAAACAGCGAAUGGAUCAGGAGAAGCCAACUGUUUGUGUUCUUGAUGCAUCAACCUAUGUGGGUUUCUGGAUUCUCAAAGGACUUUUGAGUAGAGGGUAUACAGUUCAUGCAGCCAUUCAGAAGAAGAGAGGAGAGUCAGAAGUAGAGAAGAAAAUUAAAGAGAUGGAGACGACCGUGGAGGGGAAAUUGGUGGCGUUUACUGUGGAUAUUCUGGAUUACCAUAGCAUUCUAGUUGCUUUGAGGGGCUGUUCUGCUUUGUUCUGUUGUUUGGAUAGUUCAGAUGGGUAUGAUGAUGAAACUGUGGAUUUGGAAGUGAGAGGAGCAAUCAAUGUGGUUGAGGCAUGUGCUCAAACAUAUAGCAUGCACAAGAUCGUUUUCAGUUCAUCCUUAACUGCAGCAAUAUGGAAGGAGAACAUUGGUUCAACCAAGGAUGUGGAUGAGAGGUGCUGGAGUGAUCAAGAAUUUUGCAGAAAGAAGAAGUUAUGGAAUGCCCUGACCAAGACACUCUCCGAGAAGGCUGCUUGGGCUCUAGCCAUGGAUCGUAUGCUUAACAUGGUUUCCAUCAAUGCUGGACUAGUUCUUGGUCCUGGUGUUGCUCAGCAAAACCCGGGAUCAAUAAUGUCUUACCUUAAAGGAGCUGCUCAAAUGUAUGAAAAUGGAGUCCUAGCUUCUGUUGAUGUAAGCUUCUUAGCUGAUGUCCAUAUCCGAGCAUUUGAGGACCCAUCCACAACUGGAAGAUACUUCUGCUUCAAUCAGAUAGUGAAGACUGAGGAAGAAACUAUUACACUCGCAAAAAGCCUAAGCCCUUUGUUAUCCUUGCCACCUAGAUAUGAAUACCAAGGGGGUGAAGAGGUCUAUGCUGACAGGUUGAGGACCACAAAACUGAACAAACUAAUAGAGGGCACUGCUUAUUAGUAAAGACAGAGUUUCCUUGUGCUCAAUUUCCUCUCAAUAUUAUAUACUACGUUUGAUGUAUACAUGGUUGUGGAGAAAAUGGGUUGAUCUUUUCCCCUAUUUCUCCUUUCUCAUAUUACGUAUUGGUCUUGAUUAUAAUCAAUUUAAAAUUUUGGU